ACGCUGGGUUAAAUCCCCGCCCGCUUCAUUCCUGCGUUGUUUGGGGACAGAAGGAAGAUGGCGGCGGCCCCGCUGUACUGUGUCUGCCGGCAGCCCUACGAUGUGAGCCGGUUUAUGAUCGAGUGCGACAUCUGUAAGGACUGGUUUCACGGCAGCUGUGUACAGGUAGAAGAGCAUCAUGCUGUGGAUAUCGAUGUUUACCACUGUCCCAACUGUGAUGUCGUACACGGACCCUCCCUGAUGAAAAAGCGCAACAACUGGCACAGACACGACUACACGGAGCCGGACGAUGGGCUGAAGCCGGUGCAGGCGGGUACCUCAGUGUUUGUCAAGGAGCUCCAGAACAAGUCCUUCCCCAGCGGCGAGGACAUUCUCAUACGGAUGAAGGGCGAGCACGUGACGACCAGGUUCCUGGAGAGACACGGCUUCAACUACCCCAUCGCGGUCACCGAGAUGGAGGGCCUCGGCCUGAAGCUGCCUCCCCCCACGUUCUCCGUCAAAGACGUGGAGCGGUAUGUGGGCGGCGACAAAAUCAUCGACGUGAUAGACGUGGCGCGGCAGGCGGACAGCAAGAUGAAGCUCACCGACUUCAUCAAGUAUUUCACCAAACCCCAUCGACCCAAAGUCCUCAACCUCAUCAGCCUGGAGUUCUCUGACACCAAGAUGUCAGAGUUGGUGGAGGUCCCUGACGUGGCUAAGAAGAUGUCCUGGGUGGAGAACUACUGGCCGGACGACUCUUUCUUCCCCAAGCCCUUCGUCCAGAAGUACUGCCUUAUGGGAGUCAAGGAGAGCUACACAGAUUUCCACAUAGACUUCGGAGGCACCUCCGUCUGGUAUCACGUUCUCUGGGGUGAGAAGGUCUUCUACUUGAUCAAGCCCACUCCUGUCAACCUUGCACUAUAUGAGGCAUGGAGCUCCUCGCCCAAUCAGAGUGAAGUGUUCUUCGGGGACAAAGUGGAUAAGUGCUACAAGUGCAUCGUACCCCAGGGAACCACCCUGCUCAUCCCCACAGGCUGGAUCCACGGCGUUCUCACCUCUCAGGAUUGCAUGGCUUUUGGAGGGAACUUCCUUCACAACCUCAAUAUUGGCAUGCAGCUCAGGUGUUAUGAAAUGGAGCGCCGCCUGAAAACCCCAGACCUCUUCAAGUUUCCUUACUUCGAGGCCAUCUGUUGGUACGUGGCCAAGAACCUCCUGGAAACGCUAAAAGAGCUACGUGAGGACAACUGUCCCCCGCCGACCUACCUAGUGGACGGAGUCAAGGCUUUAAUUAGUGCACUGAGGACUUGGUUGAAAAGAGAGGUGACUGAGCCCACCAGUGAGGUACCGGACCAUAUCAGGCCUAACCAUCUCAUUAAAGAGCUGACCAAGGAAAUCCGCUACCUGGAGGAGGAGCCAGUGGGUGGUAGCAAGCCAGUGAAACCUCAGGGAUGCGUCGCGCCGUCCGGGUCGAACGGCUGCCCGGCCACUCGCUCCACGCUGGAGAGGCUGUGCCAGGCGCGGCGGGCGCGGAGGGCGGCCAGGCGGCUGAGGGAGCAGCAGCGGCACGCCCCCAAGUUACCCUCCAACCUGGACAUCUUAGAGCAGCACACCAGGGAGGUGCUGAAGAGGCUGGAGGUGGGCCCGCUGGAUGAGGAUCCGGCGUUUUGUGCCAAGGUUCAUGGGAAGCUCAACAAAGUGUCAACGGCGUCGGCGGCAGCGGCUGCGGAGUCUUUAGAGGACAACCACCUACGGCUAAUGCUGGUCAACGGCAGGAUCAUCAGAGAUUUGAGGCGGCCGGGGAGCAGCCCGGUAAAAACGGAGGGCGAACAGUCGUCUGUCGGCAAAGGCCCACCAAAGAGCUGUGUGGACGUGAAGGCGGAGAGGACGCACGAGAGUCGAGAGCAGCACAGCACGGACGAGAAGGCCGCACUCCUCAGGGGUCUGGAGAGGGUGACGACCGAACUCAGGGAAGAAGUCUCAGGACACUCGAGUGUGUCGGACGUGGAGUCGGACAGCGACUCUCCCACAGAGCGCAAAGCGUCCUCGUCGUCAUCCUCUUCUUCUGACGAGGAUUCAGAGAGCUCCCAGGAUGAUGAUGACGACGACGACGAUGAUGACGAGGAGGAGCAGGAAGAGGAGGAGAGGGGCUCGUCUCAGCAGACAAGCUCAGGGCACACCAUAGAUCUGGACCAGUCCGGCCAGAAACUCAGGCACAAACACAAACCACUCAAACGAGAACGUCCUACCUCACCCAGCACAGAAGAGGCCAUUCAGGGGAUGCUGUCCAUGGCUGGUCUGCUGUGCUCCUCCAAACCAGAGAAGGAGGCCUCCUCCCAGGAGCCCUGGUGGUCCAGCCACAGCCAGUGCUCGCCGCGGCGGCUGCAGGGGGACAAGAGCCCGAUGGACAGCCAGGGCAACAGCAGCAGCGAGGCCUGGGACAAUCAGGAGACGGACUACCAGUACUGUGACCCCUCGAUGUCUCCGCCGCUGCACCCGUCCAAGAGGCACGCCCCCAACCCCCCGCCCAUCAGCAAUCAGGCCACGAAAGGUAAACGGCCCAAAAAAGGAAUGGCUACAGCCAAGCAAAGACUGGGUAAGAUCCUGAAACUCAACAGACACAGUCGCGUCUUUGUGUAACACUCCCCGACGGCAAAAAAAAAAAAAAAAGGGUUUAUUCCCUGAUUCCUGAACAGAGGAACGAGAAAAAAACAAAACAAAAAACAAUUUGUGCAUUUGUUACCAGACACUUUGAAGAAACUGGGGGCCGAGGAAAUAAAAUGAAAAAGAAAAGAAGACGACACUGCCCGGAGACGACGGCGGUGGCGGCGGCUCGCGUUAAAGCUCACUGUGCAUGCUUAGGAGACAGGGUAUCGGCUUAGACAUGAGCGAGUGCACGACUUCACUACAAGCACACUAAGAACAACAAAAACAAAAACAGAGAGAGGGGGAGCGGCAGGAAGUGGAGAGGACGACGCGGUUCGAGUUUGGAGGUCGACCAGAUUUUUUUUUUUUUUUACUUCCUCCGGUGCCCGGUGACGUCUGCAUCCCAUUUUAUUUCCUCUCCGCCGAAACGCACUCCAGCCUCCGACCUUCACUCGCUCCAUGGACGAACCGAUGGAGGAGCUGUCGUCUCCUCCUGUGCCCCCACCCCAUCCCCCACAGAGAAAGAUAGAAAGGAGGGAGGAAAUGCGGUGCUAAAACAAGAAGAAGAAGAAGAGGAGGAGGAGGAUGUGGUGGAACUGAAAUUUCAAAAUGGUGCUUAUUGUUUGUACUUUUCUCCACUCAUGCUUCUCACACCCCCCCAAGUUUCCCUUUUUAUCUCAAUCACACCAGCAAUAAUGACUUUGAGGAGAGGAGAGGUGAGAGGAGAGAGGGGGGGCGGCGCUAUUUCUUCUUCUUUUUCUGCCGUCUCGUUUCUCUGAGCGGCGACGGCGAAACAGGAAGUAGUAGCUCGGGGCGCCGCCUCCCCCGUGAAUCUCGAUAGGAAUUUUUACGAGUCGACUCGAAGCGGCUCGCUUAAUUUAUUUGUGAUGUUUUCAUUUUUAUUAUUUUUAUUUUUUUUCGUUUUGUUUUGUAUGUGUUAUUUUUAUGGAUUCUGAAUGAUGUAUUUAUUAAUUGAAAGAGGUAAUGAUUUUAUUAUAUUUUGACCCUGAAGCCUCAGCUAUUCUGAGCGUUUCCUGUUUAUAGGUGGGGUUUGUAUCUUUAACACAUACUUUCCUUUUUUUCGUUCGUUUGUUUUUUGUAAAUGUGGAUGUUCUAGAGUUCAUGUGAUUCAUCUGUUGAGUAGCAGUUUACCUACAAAUCUUUCUUCUGUCCUCACAAGUCUUUUUUUCCCCUCCCUCUUUCUUUCCCCUCCCCGGUUGAAUAGAGUGUUUAUUCUCCUUUCUCCCUGUAGCCAGACGUUGGGCUACGUGCGAAUAGAGACUAGGUUAGGGUUAAGAAACUUUCCACACCAGAGCGUUCUCAACUAGUGCCACUUACCAUUUAGCAAAAAAAAAAAAAAAAAAAACAAGUAUUCUGAGCCACUGUGGUCCAUCCAAAGUAUUCAGAGGUCAACGAUUUGGUAAAUGGGAUGAGUGACGUUUACUUUCUUAUAUUUUUAAAAAAAAAAGAAAAAAAAGACCAGUGCUGAUGUGAGAUGUGUGUUUUUGUUUUGCUUCGGGGUGCGCAGUUCUUCACUCUCAGGGAAUGAUGCCAUGGACAUAACCUUCGAUCAACCACCAGCCACAUCAUGGAUGCAGAAAGGAUGUGCUCUCAAGACUUUCAGAAUCGCCUCACGCUUCAGAGACGCCGAGGGAAUCGUUCGUUCCUCUCACUUCUCCGCGGUCGUUAAAGGAGUCGCCCGCGCUUCGGCGUUUCGCCGUCGGUCGUCGUAUCUCUUCCUGCUGUAAGAUUCGGUGUUGUCCCCGCUGCCUCCCGACGCGCGUUCGGCUCAGUGUUAACGCAGAAGACGCCCCUCAAACACUUCGCUCGCGUAGACGACGCCCAAGUAGCUUUAAGAACCGCGCUUUGGAAGCUUUGCUCAGGUUGUGACCUGCGAGGUGUUAAAAACAAAUAUUCCUAACUCAAAGAACCGAUUUCCCUUCUUUUUUCCUCUUACACUACACUUUAAACUCUUUGCAUGUCAUUUAAAAACACAAAGUGGCCCGCAGGCAGGGUUUGUGCUGUAGUAUUCACCGUGCAGGAUCUGUCCCUCGUUUUCCUUCUUUUUUUUUUCUCCUCUUUGCAUUUGUGUUGUGAUGUUUUUUUUUUCCUUCUUCUCUCCCCCUGAUUUAAAUGGCUUAUAAUUUUAAAUAUACAAACACUGGCUAACUGUGACACUGUUAAUGCGUUGCAUUUUGUUUCUGCAUUUCAAAAAUUGCGUGUAAAUAAAACUAAUGAAAUAAUA